ACUAAGAGAGCUGAAAGCAGGUCUGUCGGUGAUCUUAAUGAAGCUUUUAUUUGAACUUAAACUACAUGUAGAAGAAGCCAGCAGCGGUGUGCAAGCAGUGUGAUCUUUACACUGGUUGAUAUUUUGGAGUUAAAAAGCUGAAGUCGCUCAGUGAGACUGGACUAAAGAGAGAGAGACAGUCAUGGUCUCACCGGGGCACAACAGCAAAACCACAGAGGCUCCUGAUCCGGAUCUGAUAAAAGGGAUGGAGAAGGAGAGGACACUGAAGCAUUUCCCUCCGUAUGGUGCCAUUAACACAAACUCCUCAGACACCUGCCCUACUUGUCGUGGCACCGGGCGGAUUCCACGAGGCCAUCAAGACCAGCUAGUUGCUGUGAUACCCUGUAAUGAUAUAAGGCUGAAACCCAGACGCACGAAGCUCUAUGUGUGUGUCUCCAUGGCUUUGUGCCUCUUCUUCUGCUGCCUGAUCCUCUUCUUCCUCUUCCCCCGGAGUGUCACAUUAACGCCUGUGUCCGUGCUGUCAGUCAUGGUUUACUUCAGCCAGGAUACAGUUGAUAUGAAGGUUACGAAUCUCAUCAACAUCACCAACGAGAACUUUGUCCCAGUUCAGAUUGUCGACUUUAGCAUUCAAGGUCUGGUCUCUGACAUAGUCGUGGGUAAAACCAAGAUAUCCAACAUGACCGCCCUCCAGUCCCGCUCAAUGAAAUCGUACACCAUUCAAAUCGACCUGCCAAUUUCAGAUAAAGGCUUAAACACUUACUGCAAAUCGACCUCUAUCAAGAUUCACACGUUAUUUCUGGAGCUGCAAAUGACAAUGAACAUCUCCUAUCUGUCUCACACGGAGCAGCUGUCUAUGGACACCUUUGAGUACAUCGACUGUGGCACCAACUCCACUAUCCCUCAUCCUGUGAGAUGAUGAAAUCUAAAUGAAAAACACCAAAGUGAGAAUGUGAAAUGAUGAAUAUUCUCAUAUCCUUUUUAUAUGGGCUGUGAAUGAUAACUACUGUGAGAGAAUUCAUCUUAUCUUAUUCUGUAUGUGGUUUUAGCAUACGUUCUAUGAUCAGUCACUACACUGUUAUAAUUACAAUACAGCUUUUAAGACUCUUUAAGUAUCGACUUAGCGUGGAUGCUCUCUGCUCUUAUUUGAUCUGCCUGUAAAUCUGUAUUGUAAGCCAGAUGGUCUCAUAAAAAAUUGUGUGAAACAAGCACAUUUUCUAAAAGGCUAAAUGUGAAAACUGUGUAUAUUUACAUUUUAAGACGUGUACAUUUCAUUUUAAAAAGAAACUAAUUUUACAGCACUUUUGGAAAGAGCUUUUUUUUUAGUCAAGAUGCCACAUAUUGUGUAAACAGGAUGUUGAAUGCUUGAUAAUCUUGUCUUUUUGUAAUCUGCACUUUAUUAA